UGGCAACUCUCGGCUGUGGUAAAGCGUUACCAACAUGUGUAAUCGUUCUUUCUGUUCUGUCUUACGCCCACCUCUGAAGCUGUGCGCUUUAGGGGUGUUAAUUUGGAAGUAUUUAACGCACCUUGUGGACAUCUGAUUUGUGACUUCUGUAUAAGCAGGCUGUGUUAACACAGAAUUACUGAGCAAUGCUGCUGUGGUGGAUAGCAUUAUCCCUAACAUGGCCAGGCACAGACAGCUUCAUGAUUCACAACAUAAAGGAAAGCCUGUGUCUAGAGGACUCUAAUGAAGGAGAAGUUCAGCUACAGAGAUGCAGUCAGGACUCAGUCCACCAGCAGUGGAUUUGGACAGAUAGCUGGUUUCUUGUAAACGCAGGCACCUUGAGGUGCCUCUCUGCUGCCCACAGUGACCCAGUCCAAACUAUUACUUGUACUUCUGGUGACCACUUCAUAUGGCACUGCAAAGCUCAACAGCUCAUCAGCCUGUCCAAUUCCUUGGCAUUAAGCGCAGAAGGUGGAAAACUUAGUCUGAAUAGGGGUGAACACAACAAGUGGAAGUCUCUGGAUGUGGAUGAUAUCUGUCAGGACAAACUGAGACCUAGAAGGCAAAGUGAGAAAGAUGAAUUUGGCUUUGCUGAAACGGAUGGGCCGCCUACCUCACCGGGAAUGUCGGAGGCACAGAUGAGGUUUUUACAGUGGUAUUACCGCACAGAGGACUCAACAACGUGGAAGUUUGCAAUGUUGGCAUUUGCUUUUCUGGGUCUUCUGAUUGGCUGUAUGCUGCUGGUGAUGGCCAUGAUGGCUAAUAGGAACAGAAAGCAAAUAGCCAAGUACAAAGCAUCCAUAAAAGUUAAAGAUGUGAAUUCUGAAAUGGAGGAGCUGCAGGUCAUUAUCACUGAUAAGGUUACAGAAGUCAAAGAGGAGAAACCCUCUUCCACAACCCUGACGCAGAACAGCCAUACAGAUUGGGAAGAGUCUUCAAACAAUGGUAAAGUCACAGAGGAGCUGAGGCCUGGAGAAAUUUUGGUGGCCUGGAAAGAUGGGAAUGUGUCAACUCUGUAUCCAGAACCUGUACAGGAAGGGGAAGGUGAGGAGGAAGAGGUCCAAAGCUGA